AUGGAGUCCCGUGGGGUUUUGCCUGGAGUCUCGACUAUGGUUACUGUGUUUGUCAACAAAGUUGGUCCAUAUUCAAAUCCUCAAGAAACAUAUCAUUAUUAUUCACUUCCCGUUUGCAGACCGCCUAAAAUUGUAUCAAAGGAGUUGACAUUAGGGGAAGUACUAUCGGGUGAUAGAAUGGCAUACUCAUUAUAUGAUAUUGCAUUUGAUGAAAAUAUUCCCGAUAAAGAAUUAUGUCAAUUAUCAUUACAAAAGAAAGAUGUUCAAGCAUUAAAAACUGCUAUUGAAGAAUUUUAUUACUUUGAAUUUGUUGUUGAUGACAUCCCUUGUCGUGGUUUCGUUGGUCAAGUAGAAGAAACAAGUAUUAUUCCUCAUAAUCAUAAUAUUUACGCAUUUACACAUCUCCAUUUCGAUUUUCAUAUUAAUAAUAAUCAGGUAUGUAACAUUUUCUAAUUUUCUUUGUCAUGAGUAUGAUCACUGGAUAUUUCUACAAUUAGAAUAAGUAUGAAAGUUCCAAAAAACAUUUCAACAAAUUUCGUUCAGUCCUGAUUUACUUCUAAUAAGAAUUUAACAGAAAAAAAAAAAGCUGUUUUUCUUUUUAUAAAACGAUGUACAAAUGGGCUACCACUUAACACUAGAACCCCCGGAAAUUUUCAUGACCUAGAACGUUCAAAGCGGUCAUUUUGACCGUUACUGGAUUUUGUUAAAAUUUUAUACUUAAAAAUGGUUCUGAAUUCAAAAAUUAAUUAAAAAUUCUGCAAAAAAUAAUUUUUGUGGGACAAAUUAAAAGUUAUGACAUAAUUUAUUUUUAAAUAAAUUGUAUGCAGUUU